GCAUCUCAUUACGUUUUGAAUAACGUAUCCGAACGGUUGUUAGUGAAAGUUUUAUUAUUUUUACUGUAACAAGUGGUAUUUUUAUGCGAUUAACUUAUUGGAAAUAUCCGUUGAGAAUCAAAAAAAAAGAAAAAUAAGAAGUGUGAUCUAUUUGCCAAAUCAAAAUAAUUACUCCAAGUUCUUCGUUAAAAAAUAUUUAAUAAAUUGUUAUAAGUGAAGUGAAAUUAAAUUCUGUGUAAAAAAAAUUUCUUGUGAAAAUUGUAUUUUAAAAAUCAUAGAAGCUUAACAACAUCUCCGAGGGUUUAUAAGCCAUAAAUUUAUCAAAAUGACUUCACAGCGAAUACUUUACGGAUGUGGGCUUAUUGUUUUAGUUUCACUAUUAAAUGGCAGCAGCUUCGCAGAGAUCUCAUCAGCUGGAAAUGCAAUUAAUAAUUUGUAUGAAAAUCUUCUUCAACGGGAGUACGCUGGACCGAUUUCCUUCCCAGAAAGAGUGGAACGAAAAGCUCAACGUUCACCUUCGCUCAGAUUGAGGUUCGGGCGCAGCGAUCCAGGCAGUGAAGUGCUACCAAUGGAAGAGAAACGUUGGUUCGGUGAUGUUGACCAGAAACCCAUUCGGUCUCCAUCAUUGAGAUUGAGAUUCGGGCGUACCGAUCCUUCGAUGAAAGCAAGGGAACCGAUGCAUUUAGAUGAAAAUGAAUACCAACGAAUUUACCAAGAUGAACUCAUUGCUUCUAUCUUCAACUCGGAAAAAUUAAGAAAUCUUUUGGAUGACCUUCAAACAUUGAGCGAUAAUCAAAUUAGUUCUGGCGAAUUCCAACGAGAUAUCCGUAAGCAAACACCAUUGAGAUUAAGAUUUGGUCGCAGUGCUGGUGUGUCUCAAAGUUUGGUUCAUGAUGAAUCCGAUCACAAUCUGGCUGACAAUCAAAGCUCGAACGUACCUAAACCAGCUGAUAAGGCCUAAAUUCCCCGCUCCCCAUCCAGCAAAUUAUUUAUAUCAAUCCUACCACACCACAUAAAUUCACACCAACUCACAUCCAUCUACAAACGCAUACAGUUACACAAACAAAACAUACCAUUUGAUACCAUGUCUUAUCCAUAAAUAACAAUAAAAGUAUUAAAUUAAAAUUUGGUAUAUGUAAAAUUUUCAUAAUGUAUUGUAAUAAUUGUGAUUUGUAUUCUUAAUUUAUUUAUACAAUUAUGUUUAUAUUUUGUUAGGACUAUACAGACAUAAACAAGAUGUAGAUUGUAAAUAGCGCUUAUUAUUUCAAAAACAAAAAUAUUCAUGAAUUCGAAGAUUGCCCCCGAAAGACAUCAAACACAUUUGAUUAAAAAUUGUAAUGUUGGUUACAAUU